AUCUCUUAGAGAAUAAGUAUGAAUUAGUCAAGUUUGGAACUUGGAAGAAUGACUAUAGAUGAACGCACGUUAACAAGGAUAACACCGGAGAGGUAGGAAGUUAAGAUUUCUUCUGCAAUAAGUUUCAUUUAAAAUUAAGAAUUUGUAUAGAAUAGAGGGUGAUGCGAUUCUGCACCUCCGCGAAUUCUACACGUAUCCUCACACGUCAACCCCUUUUACACCUUAACCGACUUCCUAAUUCUCCUGCUUUCAUUCAUUUCUUCCCCAUAAAAAACACCCUCAGUUAUUCUGCAAUUCUCAUCCAAAACAGAAGAAUCAAUCACAGAGCAGUCAAUCAUGUCCGGAUCCUUGUACCCAAAAAUCUCCGGCCAAUCAAACCCAGAACCCAAUUCUGGGUUUGAAUCCUCUGAAGAAGUGAUCAUCAGAAUCCCAGGUUCCAUGGUCCAUUUGAUCGACAAAGACCGGAGCAUCGAACUGGCCACCGGAGAGCUCACCGUCGUUCAGCUCAAACAGGGGAAUAACGUUGUCGCCGUCCUCGCUCGUGUCGGCCAAGAAAUCCAGUGGCCGCUGGCCAAAGACGAGGCCACGGUCAAGCUCGACGACUCCCACUACUUCUUCACUCUCAGAACUCCGGCGGGCGCGCUAUCGGACCAUUCGGACGACGACGAGGGUGAGAUCAGGGUCGAAUCUUCAGAGAUCAUGCUGAAUUACGGGCUGACCAUCGCGGGUAAGGGGCAGGAGGGGAAGCUGAGAGAGCUGGACGGGGUACUGGAGAAGUUCAGCGCGUUCCGGGUGGAGAAGGCGGCGGGGACGGCGGUGAGGGGGUGGGGCGUUGAGGCGAAGGAUGUCUCUCCGGCGGAUAUGGAGAGGAAGGAGAAGAGGGAUGCGGUGGAGAGGAGUUCCGCGGCCUACUGGACCACCCUGGCUCCGAACGUAGAGGAUUACAGCGGAAGCGUGGCGAAAAUGAUUGCCGCCGGGUCGGGUCAUCUCGUGAGGGGAAUCUUGUGGUGCGGGGAUGUGGCGGUGGAUCGAUUGAACUGGGUACAUGAAGUUUUGAUGGAGAGGAUGGCCGCAAAGGGCUGCGCCCCCGCGGAGAUCAGCCCAACCGCCUUAAAAAGGGUGAAAAGAGUGAAGAAGAUGACGAAGAUGUCGGAGAAGGUGGCAACAGGCAUUCUGGCUGGGGUGGUAAAGAUGUCUGGAGUGCUCACAAAUUCCAUUGCGAGCUCUAAAGCUGGCCAGAAAUUCUUCAGCCUUCUCCCCGUGGAAAUCGUUCUUGCCUCCUUGGAUGGAUUCAACAAGGUAUGUGAUGCGAUUGAAGCGGCUGGCAGGAAUGUGAUGUCCACAACCUCCACUGUCACAACUGGUCUUGUUUCGCAUAGGUAAACACAUUGGUAUAUUGAUUCUAUGAAAGCUAAUUAGAUAUUUAGGGGUGGUGAAGUGAGUAUAUGGGAAGGCAGCAAGAGUGAGGACUCUUAAUUAAAUAUGGUGUUCAUAAAUAUGUAGUGUAAUUAUUCAUAACAUUUUUGAGAAAAUAAAUUGUUUUUUUAGUAAAAUACUCCAUAUCACAUAUUCACAUGCAAAUAAUACGGUUAAGUUCUUUAAUUUUCAUACGGUUAAGUUCAAAGUUUUAACUUUAAUAAUACGUACUAAGUUUUAACUUUAAUAAUACAUAUACGUAGCGUAGACUCCCUUCGUUCUCUAAUACUUGUUGCUCUUUCCAUUUUGGGAUGUUCUCUAAUAAUUGUCUCUCUUUCCAUUUUUAGAAAGUUUUUUCAAUAAAUAUACCUAUAUACUCUUAUUCUCUUUCCUACUUUUUCAUUCUCUUUCCUACUUUUUCAUUUAAACACAACUCACUACACCUCUUACACUACCCUAUUAUUUUCCUCUUAAAAUUUGUGCCAAACCCUAUAAGGACAUCUAAUAGAGAACAGAUUGAGUAUUACAAUGAAGUAUUUAAAAUUAUCUUUUGUGUAACAAUACAACAUGAAUUUUGGAUACAUGGUCCAUGUAAUUAACAUUUUUUAUUUGAAAACAGAAAACUCAAUAUAUAUAUGGAACUUAAUUGUAGUGCCUAGAGAUUAGGGAGUACUAAAUUAAUUUACACGCAUCACCACGAGUCAUAAUGCCAAAGAUUAGUGUGUUUUCUUAUAGUUAAUCUAUACUAUCUACCGAGUAUAAUAUGUUAAAGUAUUAUAUAGUGUUUCAUUUUUUUUUAUAGUUUUCCGUGUGGAACAAAUACUUUAACAUAAUAUACUACUCAGUAGAAGCUGUUAUAUCGUUUUCUAACAUAUAGUAGUAGUAUAUACUAAUAUAUGAGUUGAUUAUUAACUUCGGGCAGGCACGGGGAGCAAGCAGCAGAGGUGACUAAAGAAGGGUUCGAUGCGGCUGGGCAUGCUUUCGGAACUGCUUGUGCCGUCUUUAAGAUCAGAAAGGCUCUUAAUCCCAAGUCCUCCCUAAAACCUUCAUCUUUUGUGAAAGCCGCCGCGGCUGAGGCCAAGUCCAAGUCCAAGCCGAAGUAAUUUGCUAGAUUGGGUUGUGUUGUUUCUUACUACUUUCUUUAAUUAAUUUUACGUCUAGAUCAAUUAUGGCAUGGGUUUUAGGUACUAUUUUUAUGAGUAGUACACUCUGAUCUAUUUCUGAUAUGUAAUAAUCUUCGAUCUCCAUCCAAGAGCAAUACAAGAAGAAUUUCACGUGGCAAAUCAAUGUGACGGAGUGGUAGUGAUAAUUUGGAGAGGUGAGAGAUCGAUGGGUGUAAGUUGGUGACUUGGUGCAUGUAUGUCUAUGGGCUAUGACAAAUUAAAGAUCACAAAUGGGUGAAGAAUAUAAUGGAAAGAUCCAUGAAUAUUGUGUCAAAAGUGACUUAAAACAAUGCCUAUUUCUUCAGUCUAAUACUACGCAUAAUGUGUUGGAAAA